AUUUCAUACACUCAACGGACUCCACCACCCGCUGGUCCUUCUACAUUCUACAGGUGGCGAACAUAUAAAAAUCAGCAACUGCAAAUUCCUCCCUAACAUUGAACGUCACUCGUCGAUUGCCGCCAGUUGCCGCCUACUCGCUACCGCAAUCCGCUGCAUUUCUCUUCCAUAGCGCACCUGCAUCAAAGCCGAAAUCAUGCUGCUUCAGCUCCCUCGACUCACGAACUCUCUCCGCGAGCCUUUCGAUAUCGAUCGUGCUUAUCUUCACCGCAAAACAAUUCUCCAAAGUCUCUCUCCUCCUAGUAAUGCGAACUCGCUUGAUGAGUCGGAGCUAGCCCGGAAAAUUGUAUAUGAUUGGGAAGAAGCUUCUCCGGAAGUGAGACAAGCGUAUAAACAUUUUAUUGGCGCGGUUGUUGAUUUGAUUGAUGGAGAAGUCGUGUCUGAUGAGUUUCGCGAGGUGGCAUUGACUGCUUAUCGACUCUUUAGUGAGCAAGGAGAUGAGGAUGAAGAUAGCCGAAGGAUUGCUGAGAAGAAGUCAGAAUUACAGAAAUUACUGGGUCAUGCUGUUUCUGAUGGUAGCAUACGGAAAGUAGUACAAUUGGCUCAGAGAUUAUGUAGUCUGCAACCUAGAAAUAAUGCAGCCACGUCAAAUUUAGAUAAAAAUUUGGUUGACGAUGGUGUAGAAUUUGGAUUUGAUCUUGAUUUUAGACAUCCUUCACGGUUUCUGUUGGAUAUUCCUUUGGAAGAUGAGGAAAUUUUGGGGCCAGAGGACUUGACUCCUUCAACUUCAGUUUACAGUGAUUGGCCUGCAGCUGAUGCUGCUGGUAAUCGUUUUUCAAACGUUGGGAUUAAGUAUGAUUUAAAAUGGUUAAGAGAGUCAUGCGAUAUGAUAGUGCGAGGAAGUGGCUCACAGCUUUCUCGAGAUGAACUGGCCAUGACGAUUUGUCGGGUUCUUGAAUCUGACAAGCCAGGGGAAGAGAUUGCUGGUGAUUUACUGGACCUUGUCGGGGAUAGUGCUUUUGAAACUGUUCAGGAGCUUAUCUUGCACAGAAAACAGCUUGUUGAAGCAAUUAGUUAUGGUCUGCUGGUGUUACGGUCUGAUAAACCUUCUUCAAAUGCUCAACCACGCAUGCCUAGUUAUGGGACUCAGGUCACUGUGCAAACUGAGUCUGAGAAACAAAUUGAUAAACUUAGGCGCAAAGAGGAGAAACGACACAAGCGUGGAGUUGUGCAAGGGAUUGAAGAUGACUUUUCAUCUACAAAUUUUUCUUCCUUACUGGAAGCAAGUGAGAGGAAAAAUCUCUUUGACGAUGUGAUUGGAAGUGGGCCCGGGCCUCAGUCAUUAGGAAUUUCUGCACUUCCUCAAGGAACGGUGAGAAAGCAUUUUAAAGGCUAUGAAGAAGUCAUAAUUCCUCCAAUACCAACAGCUGCAAUGAAGCCUGGGGAAAGACUGAUAGAGAUAAAAGAAUUAGAUGAAUUUGCUCAAGCUGCUUUUCAUGGAUACAAAUCCCUCAAUCGUAUCCAGAGCAGGAUCUUCCAGACAGUCUACAACACUAAUGAGAAUAUUCUAGUAUGUGCCCCAACAGGAGCUGGGAAAACAAAUAUAGCUAUGAUUGCUAUUCUGCAUGAGAUUGGACAGCAUUUCAAGGAUGGGUUUCUGCACAAAAAUGAGUUCAAGAUUGUUUAUGUUGCUCCAAUGAAGGCAUUAGCUGCUGAAGUCACAUCGACAUUUAGCCAUCGGUUAGCUCCACUAAAUAUGAUAGUAAAGGAGCUUACAGGAGACAUGCAACUUUCUAAGAAUGAGCUUGAAGCAACUCAGAUGAUAGUGACCACACCUGAGAAAUGGGACGUCAUCACGCGGAAGAGCAGCGACAUGUCGCUUUCGAUGCUCGUUAAGCUUUUAAUAAUUGAUGAAGUGCACCUUUUGAAUGAUGAUAGAGGCCCUGUUAUUGAAGCACUAGUUGCUCGUACACUUCGUCAGGUUGAGUCGUCACAAUCCAUGAUCCGCAUUGUGGGUCUUUCAGCCACUCUACCUAACUAUUUGGAGGUGGCACAAUUUUUGAGGGUGAAUCCAGACGCGGGGCUCUUUUUCUUUGAUUCUACCUACCGUCCUGUGCCUCUUGCACAGCAGUACAUUGGUAUCAGUGAGAAAAAUUAUUUGGCUCGCACUGAGUUGCUGAACAAGAUUUGCUACUACAAGGUAGUUGAUUCCUUAAAGCAAGGCCACCAAGCAAUGGUCUUUGUCCAUUCACGCAAAGAUACUGGGAAAACUGCAGAGAGACUGGUUGAGCUUGCCCGGGAGGACAACAAUCUGGAGCUUUUUCAGAAUGAGACACAUCCACAGUUUCACUUGAUAAGGAAGGACGUCAUGAAGUCUAGAAACAGAGAAUUAGUUGGACUCUUUGAUUCUGGGCUAGGUAUUCAUCAUGCUGGAAUGCUACGUUCUGAUAGGGGUCUCACUGAGAGACUUUUUUCUGAUGGAUUGUUAAAGGUGCUUGUCUGCACGGCAACUCUGGCAUGGGGAGUAAACUUACCUGCUCACACUGUUGUGAUCAAGGGUACACAAAUAUAUGAUCCAAAAGCCGGUGGCUGGCGGGACCUAGGCAUGCUUGAUGUUAUGCAGAUCUUUGGACGUGCUGGAAGGCCUCAGUUUGACAAAAGUGGGGAAGGCAUUAUUAUUACAUCUCAUGAGAAGUUAUCCCAUUACCUGCGGCUACUUACUAGCCAACUCCCUAUUGAAAGUCAGUUCAUCAACUCCUUGAAGGAUAAUCUGAAUGCUGAGGUUGCUCUGGGUACUGUCACAAAUGUGAAAGAAGCUUAUGCUUGGCUUGGUUAUACCUAUCUAUUUAUAAGGAUGAAGAUGAAUCCAUUGGCUUAUGGAAUUGGAUGGGAUGAGGUAGUUGCGGAUCCUUCUUUGGGUUUGAAACAAAGAGCUUUAAUAACUGAUGCUGCUCGUUCCCUUGAUAAAGCAAAGAUGAUGCGUUUUGAUGAAAAAAGUGGCAAUUUUUACUGCACUGAGCUGGGUCGUAUUGCGAGCCAUUUCUAUAUACAUUAUUCCAGUGUGGAAACUUACAAUGAAAUGCUGAAAAGGCAUAUGAGUGAUAGUGAGGUUAUUGACAUGGUUGCACAUUCUUCUGAGUUCGAAAAUAUUGUUGUUAGAGAAGAAGAACAAAUGGAAUUAGAAGGUUUAGCACGUGAGUGCCCCUUAGAAAUAAAAGGUGGUUCCUCCAGUAAACACGGGAAAAUUUCUAUCCUCAUUCAGUUAUAUAUAUCACGUGGAUCCAUAGAGGCCUUUUCAUUGAUUUCUGAUGCUGCAUAUAUAAGUGCAAGUUUGGCUCGUAUUAUGCGUGCUUUGUUUGAGAUUUGCUUGCGGAGAGGAUGGUCUGAGAUGACAGCUUUCAUGUUAGAAUACUGCAAGGCUGUUGAUCGUCAGAUCUGGCCCCACCAGCAUCCACUCAGACAAUUUGACAGAGAUAUCUCCUUAGAGAUUUUGAGGAAGCUCGAAGAUCGAGGGGCUGAUCUAGAUCGCCUAUAUGAUAUGGAGGAGAAGGAUAUUGGAGCUCUGAUUCGUUAUGUACCUGGAGGGAAGACAGUGAAGCAAUAUUUGGCAAUGUUUCCAACGGUCCUGUUGUCCGCUACUGUUAGUCCUAUCACGAGAACUGUUUUAAAGGUUGAUUUGCUCGUAACCCCUGAUUUCAUAUGGAAGGAUCGUUUCCAUGGAACUGCUCAGCGGUGGUGGAUUCUUGUUGAGGAUUCUGAAAAUGACCACAUAUAUCAUUCAGAGCUUUUCACACUAUCUAAGCGAACAGCAAGAGGGGAGCCUCAAAAGCUUUCUUUCACUGUGCCAAUAUUUGAACCACAUCCCCCACAGUACUAUAUUCGCGCUGUUUCUGAUUCUUGGCUGCAAUCAGAAUCUUUUUACACUAUUUCUCUUCACAAUCUUGCAUUGCCCGAGUCUCACACUUCCCACACUGAAUUGCUUGAUUUGAAACCUCUUCCAAUAACCUCACUUGGUAACAGAACGUACGAAUCCUUAUACAGGUUUUCACACUUCAAUCCAAUUCAGACACAGGCUUUUCAUAUCCUGUAUCACACAGACAAAAAUGUUCUUUUAGGAGCUCCUACAGGAAGUGGAAAAACUAUAUCAGCUGAGCUUGCAAUGUUUCGUCUUUUCAAUACACAACCUGAUAUGAAGGUUAUAUAUAUAGCACCUUUGAAGGCCCUUGUCCGAGAAAGAAUGAAUGACUGGAGAAAAAGACUUGUCACUCAGCUGGGGAAAACGAUGGUUGAAAUGACUGGUGAUUUUACUCCAGACUUAAUGGCCCUUCUGUCAGCAGAUAUCAUCAUUUCCACUCCUGAAAAGUGGGAUGGAAUUAGCCGUAACUGGCACACUCGAAGCUAUGUUAAAAAGGUAGGGCUUAUGAUUUUGGAUGAGAUUCACCUACUUGGAGCUGAUCGUGGACCAAUUCUUGAGGUCAUUGUCUCAAGGAUGAGAUAUAUAUCGUCACAGACAGAACGUUCAGUGCGGUUUGUUGGUUUAUCAACAGCUUUAGCCAAUGCAGGGAAUUUGGGUGACUGGCUGGGUGUCGAUGAGACGGGACUCUAUAAUUUCAAGCCAAGCGUGCGACCAGUACCACUUGAAGUGCAUAUUCAGGGAUACCCUGGGAAAUUCUAUUGUCCAAGGAUGAAUAGCAUGAACAAACCUGCAUAUGCUGCUAUCUGUUCGCACUCACCUACAAAGCCAGUUCUUAUUUUUGUGUCCUCACGUCGACAAACAAGACUGACUGCUUUGGACCUAAUUCAGUAUGCUGCAUCUGAUGAGCAUCCAAGGAAGUUCUUGAAUAUUUCAGAAGAAGCACUGCAGAUGAUUCUAUCCCAAAUUACAGAUCAGAACCUGAGGCACACCUUGCAGUUUGGCAUUGGUUUGCAUCAUGCUGGAUUGAAUGACAAGGAUCGAUCUGCAGUUGAAGAACUGUUUGGGAACAACAAGAUUCAGGUAUUGGUGUCAACUAGUACAUUGGCUUGGGGUGUGAACCUUCCUGCACAUCUUGUGAUUAUUAAGGGAACAGAAUUUUUUGAUGGGAAAACAAAAAGAUAUGUUGAUUUUCCUAUAACAGAUAUCUUGCAAAUGAUGGGUCGUGCAGGUCGACCUCAAUAUGACCAGCAUGGGAAAGCAGUCAUUUUGGUUCAUGAACCCAAAAAGAGUUUCUAUAAAAAGUUCCUUUAUGAACCCUUUCCAGUCGAGAGUAGUCUACGGGAGCAUUUGCAUAAUCACUUUAAUGCAGAAAUUGUGUCUGGCACAAUUUGCCACAAGGAGGAUGCGAUCCACUACUUGACCUGGACUUAUCUUUACCGAAGACUGACGGUUAAUCCAGCUUAUUAUGGUUUGGAAGACACCAAUCCAGCGGUCCUGAGCUCGUACUUGUCUAGGUUGGUGCAAAGUACAUUUGAGGAUCUGGAAGACAGUGGAUGCAUCAAAAUGGUUGAGGAUAGUGUAGAAUCUAUGAUUCUAGGCUCAAUUGCAUCUCAAUAUUACCUUAGUUAUUUGACUGUGUCAAUGUUUGGCUCCAACCUUGGACCAAGCCUUUCUCUUGAAGUUUUGUUGCAUGUAUUAUCUGCUGCUUCAGAGUACGAUGAGCUCCCUGUGCGGCAUAAUGAGGAAAACCACAAUGCAACAUUGGCUGAGAAGCUUCCAUACAAGGUGGACAAGAAUCGUCUUGAUGAUCCACAUGUAAAAGCAAAUUUGCUUUUCCAGGCACACUUUUCUCAGUUAGAGAUGUCAAUCAGCGACUAUAUGACAGAUCUAAAGUCUGUUUUGGAUCAGAGUAUACGUAUACUUCAGGCCAUGAUAGAUAUAUGUGCUAAUAGUGGAUGGCUUUCUAGCACACUUAAUUGCAUGCAUCUAAUGCAGAUGGUCAUGCAGGGUUUAUGGUUCGACGAGGGUUCUUCUCUACAAAUGUUACCCUGCUUGAACAACAACGAUGUUAUUCCUACACUCACAAGACAAGGUAUAUCAAAUGUGCAGCAACUAUUUGAUGUUCCUAGGGCGACUUUGCAGAAGUUGCUUGGAAGUUUCCCAGCUUCAAGUUUAUAUCAGGAUUUGCAAAGGUUCCCUCGCAUACAUGUUAAACUGAGACUUAAGAAAAAGAAUGAGAGAACUGGGAGUUCCUGUUCUCUAAAUGUGAGGUUGGAGAAUGUCAACGCCAAGCGAAAGACACCAAGAGCAUUUACCCCUCGGUUCCCUAAGGUUAAAGAUGAAGCGUGGUGGCUUGUACUUGGAAAUACUGUCUCUUCUGAGUUAUAUGCAUUGAAGAGAGUUUCAUUUGCUGACCAUCUGGUUACGCACAUAGAUUUGCCAUCAGAUUCAGUCAUAAGCCAGGGGUUGAAACUAAUCUUGGUCUCAGAUUGUUAUCUUGGUUACGAACUGGAGUACUCCUUGGAAGAACUUCUCAAAGAUCAGCCACGUGGAGCCUAAAAUGGUGUAGAAGUCAGCCGUGUCAAAAACUUUCUGAUGAAGUGUACAAUUUGAAAUUUCUCGUCUUAUCUGGAUAUUUCAUGCAGUGACCACUUUAUGUUGCUUUAAUGGUGCAAGUUUCAUGGAUGAUGACGAGCUCGUCAGGGAGAAACACAUAUAAGCUUUGCCAAAUACAUCACAUCAAAUGGCAACUGUAAGUUGGGUGGAAAUGUUAUAUUGGUAUCAAUGGUUGGUUAAAAUUGUUGUAUGCUUUAUACAGUACAGAACUACAGACUCCAAAGAUGACAAAUACAAGAAAACGAGGAAUGCUAUUUUCCUGAAUUUUGGCCAUUAUGUAAAUAAGUUUUUACAGUUCUUACUGUAUAGUCGCCAAUUGGCACACUAAUGUUUUCAUCAUUCAGACUAUAUUGUCUUGUCUAAGCACUUGCCUGGAGCUGGAAAAAUUUGGAAUCGACGAGAUAAUAUCAUCCGCCAGGAAGAAGAAAAUGCUGAAUAGCCUGUCAUCGUGUCCAGUUAACAUUAUCUGAUAUUGGUCAUAAUACUUUGAUAGCAGUUAUUAAGAGAAUAUAUUUACCGACUACGCUGGUAAUAGUUUUGAUAUGUGCUCCACUAGGUUAUUUUCAUGUAAUAAUUUGUCAUGGACAAAUGGUUGUAAUGUAGUUUUUCUUCUCUAAAGAAAAAAGAAGAAAAUAUUGUGAAGAUUUUCACUUGUAAAAUAGUAGAGUACAAGGAUGUCUACAUUUACAUAAAACUAUAAAAGGGCCUUAUUUCUCGUUGUUUUAAAAUAA